AUAUUAGGUAUUAUUGUGUGAUUCGCAUCCUUGCUCGUCCCAUACGGAUUCUCCCCUAGGUCUGACUAUUCGGGGGUUAUCAGCUCAUCACCAUCAUGCGAGGUUUACUUUCGGCAGUUGUCUUUGCCCUGACGGCGCUCGAUGCGACUGUCCAGGCAGCCGCGCGAAUGUCUACAGCCCGUGCCCGUGGAGCUCACCUAUUGAGUGUAUUGUCUGCAGCACAAGAGAUAGAUGUCGAGCCUAAGAAGGUCAAGGUGGAGCUGUACAUGGAGUCCAUGUGUCCCUUCUGCAGCACUUUCCUUCAAGGCGCCCUCACCAAGGCGUGGGAGGAUCCUAUCAUCCGGGAUAUCAUGGAGAUCAAUGUAAUCCCUUAUGGAAAUGCGCACGAGAUACCGAACCCCACGGCUGCAGAUGACUAUGGUUACCAAUGCCAGCAUGGCCCCAACGAAUGCCGUGGCAACCUGCAGAUGGCGUGUGCCAAGCACGUACUCAAGGAUUCUGAGAAGUGGUUCCCCUACAUCCGUUGCCUAGAAAUCGAUAACCCCCGAGACCCCGCAUCGGCCGCGAGUGAGUGUGAGAAUAUACUUAUGUUGCCGGAUGAGGAGAUAGUGGCCAUCAGCCAUUGCGUCACAUCGGAUUUGGGUAAAAAACUCAUCCACGAGAAUGCGGUUAAAACUAUGAGCUUGAAGCCACCGCAUAAAUACGUACCAUGGAUCGUAGUAAACGAUAAGCACACCGACGAGCUACAGGCCGCUGCUCAGAGUGACCUCAUUGCACUUGUGUGCGAGCUGUACACCGGCAAGCGUCCGACUGCCUGCCCCACCAACAGUUCUUACCGAGAGUAAAGCGCUCGGGCGUACUUGGAGCAAGAGGAAAACGUGGUGAUGGCCCCUUACCCCUAGAGUUGUAACCGAAAAGUUACAAUAUUGCAAAUAAAUGUUUUAUUUCAGUUUGGCGAGGAAGUAAAAUUGUGCAUGGUUCAACAAGUCGUAAUCAUCAUAUUGACAUAUUCUC